AUGGAUGGCAACAACGAGAUCGUCGACCUCCUCCUGUCCCACGACGCCAUCGACAACGACGCCAAAGCACCAACAACCGUACCAACACCCACACGCCCCGACGACUCGACUCACUUCGAUUAUCUCGACGAUGAUAUGGACGGGGCACCAACUGAAGCUUGGGAAGAGUUCCGCGACAUGGAUGAAGGAAUGGAGGUAUGA